UAGCUGUAAUGUGUAAUGUGAAAGGUUCCGCCUGACGUGUUUCCACCGGACUGGUGUGUGAGUCGCACCCGUUCAAGAUGUCAGUGGAGCAGGCGAGCGCGAGCGGGACAGUCAAUGACACUCUCGAAGACGACAAAUCACAAUUGAUUAAAGGUGGUGUGUUCCUGGCUAGCGUCGGCACAGCGGGUGUGAUCGCAGGCUUCGGCUCCACUCUGGCCAUGGCUAAGAAGAAGAGUCCGGAGUGGUUCAGUAAGGGUGUAGUGGGAACUGCUGCGGUGCCGGAGAGCGGAGCGUCGCUGGCGCUGCGGGCGUUGGGAUGGGGGUCGCUGUACGCCUGGUGUGGAGUCGGCCUCCUCAGCCUCACCGUUUGGAAGGCCCUGGGUGUCCACAGUCUGAAGGAUUUUCGCCAGAAAAUGCAAUCCAUUUUCCCCGCAAUCCCCAAAAAUGAAGAGACGAACUCUGCUCCAUUUGACUGGAAUUCCAUCUUCAAGUCAAAAUGAGUAGAAAUCGCAAUUUAUUAUCAAGAAUGCAGCCUUAACCGACUGUCUGGAAAUACCAUUUAUCUGAUGGUCAUGUCUGGUUAAGUGUGAGGCAACGGGUCAG